GACUAAAAGCCAAGAGCUCUAGGCGAAAAAACUAACAGAGCUUGAAUCCGUCAUAUUAUAUUCUCGUGUUAUAUAACUUUUGGCCAAGUGUUCACUUCCGAGGUUGCCUCGUGACCUACGAUUUCAUGACGAAAACCUGAGUUGUACGAUUUCGUGAAAGAAUAGCUCCGCUCUGAGAAGGUUUAGCACGUUUUUUCAGUUUUGUCGUCAAGUCUUGCUGUUUUUGUUAUUGCGGCCACAAAAGCAUGUUUCCAAGGAGUAUUUACUUCCGUUGUCCUUUUUUAAACACCACAUUGCAUGGAGUGACGUAGGAUGACGUAAGGUCAUCUAUUUACGAUUUGAACAAGGAAAAAGCAUUGAUCAUAUGCAUUCCCAGUAACAUAAGUCGUGUCAAUUAUGUUGAUCAAGUUAAUUUCGAUUGCCGUUCGUCAGGAGAGGAACGUGGUGAGCUGCUCUUAAAAAAAGACAACCCAUCGUAUUUUGCAGAAGCGAGCACCAGCGUUUUAAACUUUCCAAGAACAUGAAACACUGUAAAUGUCGACUGGCUCGGAAGACUCAUCGAAUUUGCUUCGAAAUCGCUGUGUUUGGCGCCGCCAGCGUGGGCAAGACAUCGCUUAUUCGACGAUCUUUUGUUGGCGAGUUUUUCGAGGAAUAUACUCCCACUAUAGAAGAUUACUACAGCCACGAGAUACAAAGACUUGGUGGUGUAACCGUUUUGAACACCACAGACUGUGCAGGAUGCUUUCAGUUCCCAGCUAUGAGAAAACUGACAAUUCAGAAGGCCGCUGGCAUAGUGCUGGUGUUCUCGUUAGACAGUGAAUUCUCAUUUCGCGAGCUUCAAAGAUUGCUUGACGAAAUUAUCAAGGUCAGGAGCGAGGAAGGGGUACCGAUUGUUGUGGUUGGUAACAAAAAAGACUUAAAUGUGCGAGAAGUCACGGAACAAGAUGUAGCAGAGUUGAUAAGACUUUACAGCUCGGAUAAAUUCCAACUUCGGUAUGUGGAGACAUCAGCUAAAGACAAUCUCAAUGUGUCAGAAAUUUUUAGUCAACUUUUGACAUUUCUCAUGCCCGAAGCACCGCCAAAAAAGAAAAGCAAAUUCAAAAUUUUUAACUUCAAAGCGAAAGAGAAGUGCAAUGUUAUGUAAAUUAUUUUCACAAUUUUUACGAAAGCUUUUGAAAAUUAAGAGAUUGUUCGGUUACUUCAGAGGCGCCAUUCUUGUAAUAUAUUUAAUGAGAUUGUUGUACUUAUUUAAAUUAGA